AAUAGGACAUCCGCGAAUAUACCGCCCGCCAAUAUUCGCCAACACGGAAGAAUAAAUUAAGCCAUUGAGAUUAAAAAAUUCACUCAUAAAUCACGGUGAUAUUGUUCAAAUCGCCCGAUUCUGGUUAUCGGUAUCAACUAUCGAUUCGUUGUGGGUGAUUUUGUAAAUUUCCGAUUUCGUCGAUAACCGAGUAACUGAUCGAGUUUUAAUCAGAUAUCAAAAAGUGUAACGGCACCUCGUGGCCAGACCGGAAGUGGGUCCUGCCGGCUUCGAGGAUGCUUGUCAGUUGCUUCAUCAUCGCCGGCGUUGCUGCGGUGGUUUCCUCGGCCGGUGGUCACGGCUUCGACGCACAUUUACGUGGACCAAGUUUUCUCAUUGAGCCCUCAUCAAGAGUUGAAUUUUCAAAUUCAAGUGGUGCCUGGUUAGACUGCGCAGCAACUGGCAAUCCAACCCCCAACAUCGACUGGUCAACAGCCGAUGGUUUACCCGCGACCGAUGUACCCGGUGUGAGGCGUGUCCUGAGAAAUGGCACCCUCGUACUACUUCCGUUUCAGGCCGCAGCAUUUCGUCAAGACGUACACAGUGCUGCAUACAGAUGUGUCGCAAGUAACUCGGUGGGUCGAGUACUUAGUCGCGACGUACAAGUACGGGCCAUUGUGACCCAGGCGUAUUCCGUCGACGUGGAAGUAGUCGAAGGGGUAUCUCGAGGGUGUACAGCAAUUUUGAGAUGCGUAGUACCAAGUCACGUGAAGGAUCUCGUAAGAGUUGUAUCGUGGCUCCAGGAGCCAUCAUUCCACAUAUACCCAUCGCUCCAAGGAGAUGGGAAAUUUCAUCUUUUACCAACGGGGGAGUUGCUGGUGCACGGAUUGGAGUUCAGUGAUCAAUUCCUCAGUUACAGAUGCAGAACGAUGCACAGACUGACACGACAAGUGGUUGUCAGCACUUCGGCAAAUCUUAGAAUAGCUGAGCACGGAGGCAUGAUACCACCAACGAUACUCGAGCACUCUGGCACGAUCUACGUUGGACAGGAUGAAUCAACUUCCCUAGUUUGCCUAGCAAAGGCCUGUCCCACCCCAGAGUACAGAUGGUAUGCACAAACUGGAGCCGAGCAGAUGCCAGUAUUAUCGGGACCUAGAACGAGAUUACUUGGGCCAGUGUUGGCUAUAGAAGCUGUGACACUGUCGGACAGUGGUGUAUAUCAGUGUCUAGCCUCCAAUCUCGGUGGUGAGACGAACGCUGAACUCAGGCUGGUGGUGAUGGCACCUCUCAAUGUCGAAGUUUCACCGUCAUUGUUGAGUGUACAUUUGGGGGGCAAUGCUGAGUUCACUUGUAUCGUUGGUACGCAUUCACAAGCUGGACAGCAUUUUAUUACGUGGUAUAAGGAUGGUAGACAAUUACCUGGCGCUGGGAGACAGUCCGAGACACUUACACUCAAUGGAAUUGGAAGAGAGGACAGGGGAAUGUAUCAGUGCAUUGUCAGACGUGGCGAUGACACUGCUCAGGCCUCUGCUGAACUCCAGCUUGGAGAUGCACCACCGAUUAUCAUGUAUUCAUUCAUUGAGCAGACCCUUCAACCGGGUCCAGCUGUUUCUUUAAAAUGCUCAGCAGCUGGUAAUCCAACACCUCAAAUAAGUUGGGCCCUCGAUGGAUUUCCACUGCCUACAAUAACUCGAUUCGUUAUCGGUCAGUACGUCACUGUCCAUGGGGAUGUGAUAUCCCACGUUAAUAUCAGUCAGGUGAUGGUUGAGGAUGGUGGAGAAUACUCGUGUACUGUUGAAAAUCGAGCUGGAAGAGUCACCCACGCUGCAAGGCUCAACGUUUAUGGACUACCAUACAUUAGAAUCAUCCCAAAAGUAACGGCGGUAGCAGGUGAAACACUUCGCCUGAAGUGUCCGGUGGCUGGUUAUCCAAUUGAUGAAAUAAAAUGGGAGCGUGCAGGCCGUGAAUUGCCGGACAAUCUGCGUCAGAAAGUGAUGCCGGAUGGUACACUAAUGGUAUCCAGUGUCCAGAAGGAGACAGACACCGGAACUUACACAUGCUGGGCAAGAAACAAACAGGGACACUCCGCCAGACGUUCCGGGGAUGUGACCGUCAUUGUACCCCCAAAAAUUAGCCCGUUCACCGCUGAUCGCGAUCUUCAUCUUGGUGAACGCACAAGUCUGACUUGCUCAGUGACACGUGGCGAUCAGCCAAUAAGAAUCAUCUGGCUGAAAGAUGGAAGGGCAAUGGGACCGUCCGAACGUGUAUCAAUCACCAAUGUCGAUCAGUAUAAUAGCAUACUGAUGAUUGAAAGUUUAUCUCCAGAUCACAAUGGCAAUUACUCGUGUGUUGCCUCAAAUCCCGCAGCCGAGGUAUCACACACACAGCAGCUUGUGGUUCAUGUGCCUCCACAUUGGUUGGUGGAGCCGAUGGAUACGAGCGUUGAGAGAAAUAGACAUGUUGCACUGCACUGUCAAGCACAGGGUGUGCCAACACCUGUCAUUGUGUGGAAAAAAGCAAUCGGAGGUAAAUCCGGGGAGUACGAGGAGCUGCGUGAAAGUUCUUAUACGAAACUUUUGAAUAAUGGCACCCUAGUUCUUCAGCAUGUUAAAGAAGACAGAGAAGGCUACUACCUCUGUCAAGCUAGCAAUGGUAUUGGCACUGGCAUGGGCAAAGUGGUUCAACUUCGUGUCAACUCCUCACCAUAUUUCGCUGCUCCGUCAAGACUUGUCACUGUUAAGAAGGGCGAUAUGGCUACAUUGCACUGCGAAGUUCAUGGUGAUAAGCCUGUCACGGUUUCUUGGCUGAAGGGUGGAAAAAUUGAAUUGAAUCCAUCCACAAAUUAUCGUGUAACAACAAAAACGGAAGUGAUACCAGACGGUGUGGAAGCACAGUUACAAAUAUCCUCAGCGGAAGCAUCAGACAGUGGAGCAUACUUUUGCCAAGCAAGCAAUCUCUACGGAAGAGAUCAACAGUUGGUUCAAUUGCUCGUACAAGAGCCUCCCCAGCCACCCCACGCUUUGGAGACGGCAAUGAUAGCUCCGAGGAGUAUAAACGUCAAAUGGCAACACCGGUCUCAGGACACACGUGAAGUAACCAAGUAUAUUCUUCAGUACAAGGAGGGCGAGAGUGGGAUGUGGCAACAGCAGGAAUUAACUGGGCCACCAUUGCCAUACGCAACUCUGAUUGAUGACUUGAAGCCAGCAACUAGGUACACCAUUCGGAUAAUUGCUGAAGGCCCAGCUGGCAGAUCCUCACCCUCUGCUGAAUUAGUUGUUCGUACUGAACCCCAGAGACCGGCUGGACCUCCAAUAAACAUUGCCGCUCGCCCCAUAUCACCAACGGAAAUCCUCGUCACAUGGUCACCACCCCUUGCUGAAUUACGCCAUGGGGAUAUUCAAGGGUUUAAUGUUGGAUUUAGAGAGACCAGUGGUGCAAAUCCAUCGUAUAACUUCACAUCGGUGUCCGGGGAUGGUGAAGAAGGCGGUGGAGAACUACGUCUCACGGGACUUAGACCCUAUACGAGAUACACAAUUGUUGUUCAAGCUUACAAUCAGGUCGGCUCGGGACCACUAUCCGAACAACUACCUACGCAAACAUCGGAAGGCGUACCAAGUAGACCACCAGACGAUGUUCGUUGUGCUGCAUUGACAUCACAAUCCCUUCAAAUUUCAUGGAAAUCACCACCAGCUGCUUUCGUCAAUGGAAAUAUACAGGGUUAUAAAUUGACUUAUGAACCAGUUAUGCCAGACUUCUGGAGUGGUAUCGACGAGAUGGAAGUGAGGAAAACGGGGAGUAUGACGAUGAACCUUGCGGGCCUUCGAAAGUACACCAAUUACAGCAUCCAAGUACUCGCAUACACUCGUGUUGGUGAUGGUGUGCCCUCGAGGUCUCUGUACUGUCGAACUAAGGAAGAUGUACCCGGAAGCCCAGCGGAUAUUAAAGUCGUUGUAAGCUCACCUCAGGCGCUUUUUAUCUCCUGGUUACCACCGCUCGAGCCCAAUGGCGAAAUUAACAAAUACAAUUUGUACUCCAGAAUCAUGGACGGUCGAGAGGAGUUAAAUCACGGAAAACGAGUUCUCGCCUCCACCAACACCUUCUUCGAAGUCACCGGGCUCCAGCAGCAUGUGGAGUACCAAUUCUGGGUGACAGCCAGUACUCGAGUUGGUGAGGGUCAAAGCUCGACAGUAGCUGCAGCAAUGCCCAAGACCCACGUUACAGCAAAAAUAACAUCAUUCGGAGGUCACAUCGUAAAACCUUGGCGUGGCUCUGUGACCCUGGCGUGUCAUGCUGUGGGGGAUCCCACGAGGGAGUGGUUCAAGGGUCUCUCCGAACAAGUUCAUUCCGACCCCAAUAGAAAUAUCCAGAUUCUCCAGACUGGUGAGCUGGUACUGUCGAAUGUACAAUUGCAGGACAGUGGAAAUUAUACCUGUCAGGUUGAAAAUUCACUGGGAAGCGACCGACUGCAGUACAGCCUUAUUGUUCAAGUGCCACCGAGUGCUCCGGUUCUCUACGUAACCAGUUCCACCUCAACAAGUGUUCUCCUUCAUUGGAAAGCUGGAUACAAUGGUGGAUCACCUACCACAGGGUAUACUUUGCAUUAUCGAACGACUCACGGAAAUCUAGAUGAACUCCAAUUACCGCGAAGAGCUACUAAUCAUGAAUUAAAGGGACUUUUGUGUGGUAAUAUGUAUCAUCUGUAUUUGACAUGUCAUAACAAAAUCGGGAGUAGUGCAGCAUCUCCAGUACUUUCAGUGCGAACGCAAGGGCAACCCCCUGGCAUUCCACCAGCUGCUGCAUUUCUAUCACCGAAUUCCACUACUCUAGCUCUCCGUCUGUCUACAUGGCCUGAUAACGGAUGUCCCAUUCAAUACUUCGUAAUCCAGUAUCGACCGAUGGAUGAAUUUCACUGGACACUGGUGUCCAAUAAUGUUAAGCCUCAAAAGAGAUUUUUAGUUACGAAUUUAUCACCUAGUACGGUUUAUCAGCUGAAAGUCGAGGCCUACAAUGUUGCAGGGAGUAAUCAGGCAGAGUUCAGCUUUAUUACGCUGACUAAAGAUGGAGAUGCUCCCCCACCCGAGCUGACAGAUCGUGGAUCAGCGUCGACGAUUCCUUUUUAUGCCGACGUCAAAGUCAUGAUACCAAUGAUACUUUCGACGUUCGCCAUUUUUGCAGUAUUUGCUGGUAUCAUGUUGAGAUUGAAAAAUAGGAAUUCGGGGGACCGGCAGCAGCGGCCGAUGAAGGAGACCCAGGAGAAUCAGCAGAACGCGGAGACCCAGAGGGAGCGGUACUACGCAACGAUUCACAAGGUCGCUCUUCAGCAGGCUGCCAACGCCGGGGGCCCAGACAAGAUUCCAGAGACGGCGGAGGACAUCUCUCCGUACGCUACGUUCCAGCUUUCGGAGGGGGGAGGGGGAAGCCUGGCAGGGCUGGGAGGAUUGGGAGGACUUGGAGGUGCGGCAGAAGCAUCAGCAGCCGGUCUACAUCCCAACAAUACUCUUCUCCACAGCUUCAUGUACCACGAGCAUGCGAUGACCGAGGGCUGCGCGAGUCCACCACCAGCGGUGACGAGUAUGAAGAGUGUGUCAUCACGACGACGCCAGCAGAGGAAGCAACAUACACACGGGGACGACAGCGACGAGAGCGAGUCUGACCCGGACCAACUAACUCGUUCGAGAACCGAAUCCUCCAACCAACUCGACGCCGGCAAACUCAAGCACAUUCGUGCUGUUUCGGAUUUCAUUUACCACGGCACAUCGAGCACCUCGUCCGAUAUAUCGCCAAUGUGCGAGCAGAAAUCGUUACCGAGACGAGGACGACCCAGAUGGCACGUUCCCAGCAGGAGUUCCCUGAGGAUGCUGCUACCCCCGAUGUCAGUGGCCGAGACGGCAUUUGUGAGUAAUCAAGGAAACAUACCAGGGAAUGGCGACAGGAAUGAUCGACACGAAUUGAGCGAGGCCGAGUGUGAUAUUGAUUCACUGAAGAAGCCAAAGCUCGGCCUCAGAAGUUCUCUGUGGUCCAGGCCCGGUACACAGAACAAUCCAUCCUCGGAUUACUCCAUUGCAGUUUAAAUAGCCAAUUUCAUCAGAGACGAAAAAGAUUAAAAUUCAAAUAACACCUGAAAUAACAUUCGAUAAUUCAAACUAUCAACAUUCGAUUGUCGUACCUCGAUAUGACCCAACCCCAACCAAGGAGCACUCGUCAUGACCAACAAAUACGUUGCUUAAUACGUUGCUUAAUUUGACUGACUAAUGAGCCUUUGGAGAUAAGAACAGACUGACGUUUAUCAUCUAGAUACUGCCGAUACCACAGUCUUCCUUUCUAUCUUCCUCAAAUAUCAGGUCUAACAAUAUGUUCUUCCCCUCUACCACUGCCGGAGCGUUCGAAAACAUCUCCAAAGGCCUUGAAAAACUCUGAUCUCUGAUCUCUGAUCUCUCGCCGAUGAUUGAACAAAUGAUCAAUUGUAAAUAAUUUUUCCGUAUAAGUUUUUGCACAUGACGAGGGGCACGAGUAAAUGCGACGGAUGACUGUGAUUAAAGUGUGCUGCUAGUCAGAAGAAAAAUAAAUAACUAAACAAAAAGAGAUAAACGGAGAGAGAGCUAAAAUAAUGUAUUGAUGCGUGCCAAAGAUAAGUGAGAUAAUGAAAAUCAUUGAUGACAAACAAAUCGACAAUUUGCUCAGUACGCUUCGGACAGCCUCUCUAAAAGGGUCUAAUCGAUAGCGAAAACCCAUCCGAGACCAAAAGACUUUUCAUUAUUCGUACGGCUAAUUUGUGCAGCAUCGUUUACCAAGAAUCAAUCGGGCCAUAAAUCCAAAUUUUCCAAUUAAUGGAGGAUCAUUGAAUUUCAAAGAAUAAUGAAGUACUUAUUAGGAAAUGAUAAUCGAUGAGAUGUCAGUGUUUCGAUAAGCUUUUCUGUCGGUCAUUUUGACUCGACCUCAGAAUGACUUUAAGUAUCAACAAAAGUUGGGCUCUGUUGCAUUAUAAAGUUUAUCAUACGUACGAAUACCACGUUGAUUAAUUUAAGUACGUUAUAAUUGUAAGACUUUUAAAUGACAAGUGGCGCGCGAAUGGACAAUUCAUCAUUUUUGUAUGUUUAAUGAGUGGCGUAGUAAUUCAACCGAUACUGUCGGCAAUAUCCUCUCCAAGAUCGAUGUAUAUAGGAAAGUAACGUCAAUCAAAUUAUUAUUUAAUUGUAAUGACCUUCAAGGUCAUUUUUAUGAUAUACUUUAUUGAGAAAUGAAAGUUUAUCUCCAAUUGGGGAGCAACUCUGUGGAGGUACAAAUUUUUGUACAUGUUUUCUUAUCGCGCGCUUCUACAACCUUUUUUCUAAAGUUGAACUACGCACAUCUUUCAAUCUCCUUUCGGAGAAAAUAAUGUGGAAAAACAAAGUACAUUAAUAUCGUCUGAUAAAUUACGACCUUUGAGCUGGAAAAUGUGCGUUUUUAAUUUUGCGAUGAUCGUGAAAGGGCUAUUAAUCAAAUGGAUGAUAAUUAUUAUGGUGUAAAUUAAAUGAGAUGAGAAUGCAGAGAGAGAAAAAGAGAGCAAUGAAUAAAGUGUGAUGGAAGUGAGUUUCAUCGUGUUUUAUCGUCCGCAGAGGAAAUCAAGUAUGGACAAAGUUAUGUUAAUAUUAUCAGUGUACGAUGAGAGUCGUUUCAACGCAUAAUAUCGAUCGUAGAGUCGAUUCAAUAAAUUGAUAUCACGUAAGAAAUAGCCUUUAAUCUUAUUCAAUUUCCAUCUCGUUCACCUUUUCCUCGUUUUUUUUCUUUUUAUCCUCGUGUGAAUUCAAUAACCGGUGAGCGCAGCAAAGG